CGAGCUCCUCCUCCUUCACCGCUGGUCGAUCGUGAAGAGACGUCUCUCGGCUCGUGAAGAUCCCAGUGAGGGCGUUGCACGGCAUGAGGCUGGCGUGGAAGUCCCUGGACAAGAUGAGGUGUCUGAGGAAACGCUCCACCAUCCCCUUCCUCGGGUUCCUCAUCACCUUCCUCCUCUUCCUCAACCUCUACAUCGAAGAUGGCUACGUGCUGGAAGGAGAUAAAAGGCAGCUCAGGGAAACAUCGGUCCACCCUUCGAGCGCGGAGCGAUACGUUCACACGUUCAGAGACCUGAGUAAUUCCUCCGGAGCCAUUAAUGUCACGUAUCGUUAUCUCGCCGGCACCCCGCUGAACCGCAAGAAAUAUCUCACUAUCGGUUUGUCGUCAGUCAAAAGAAAAAGAGGGAACUACCUCCUGGAGACGAUCAAGUCCAUCUUUGAUCAGUCCAGUUACGAGGAGCUCAAGGAGAUCGUGGUCGUGGUCCACCUGGCGGACUUUGACCUGGUCUGGUGUGAGAACCUGGUGCAGGAAAUCACCAGGAAGUUCGCCCACCACAUCAUAGCCGGUCGCCUCCUGGUGAUCCAGGCCCCGGAGGAGUACUACCCGUCUCUGGACGGGCUGAAGAGGAACUACAACGACCCGGAGGACCGGGUCCGUUUCCGCUCCAAGCAGAACGUGGACUACGCUUUCCUCCUGAACUUCUGCACCAACCUGUCUCACUUCUACAUGAUGUUGGAGGACGACGUGCGCUGCUCCAGGAACUUCCUGACGGCGCUGAAGAAGGUGAUCACCUCCAGGGAAGGUUCCUACUGGGUGAUGCUGGAGUUCUCCAAGCUGGGCUACAUCGGGAAGCUGUACCACUCCAGGGACCUGCCGCGCCUCGCUCACUUCCUUCUCAUGUUCUACCAGGAAAUGCCCUGCGACUGGCUCCUCAUCCACUUCCGGGGUCUGCUGGCCCAGAAGGACGUGAUCCGCUUCAAGCCCUCGCUGUUCCAGCACAUGGGGUACUACUCCUCCUACAAAGGAGCCGAGAACAAGCUGAAGGACGACGACUUCGAGGAAGACUCCUUCGACAUUCCCGACAACCCGCCCGCCAGCAUGUACACCAACAUCAACGUCUUCGAGAGCUACGACGCCGCCAAGGCGUACAGCACCGUGGACGAGUACUUCUGGGGGAAGCCUCCGUCCACGGGAGACUUCUUCGUCAUAGUGUUUAACAAAUCUACCAAAAUUAGUAAAAUUAAGAUCGCCACCGGUUCCGACGACCGGCAGAACGACGUUCUUCACCACGGAGCUCUGGAGGUCGGAGAGAAACUCGUCGGGACUAAAAAAGGGAAACAGUGUUCCUCUUACAUCACGUUAGGGGAGUUUAAAAAUGGCAACAUUGAGGUGCAAGACGUAGACCACAAAAUUGCCUUUGACAUUGAGUGCGUUCGCAUCGUGGUGACGGCCAGUCAGAAAGAGUGGCUCAUCAUCAGAAGUAUAAGUUUAUGGACUACACAACCCCCCAGCCAAUAA